AUGGGUAAACAGGUGGCAGAAGCAGAGCAUGCCUUUGAGGCCCAAGAGGGGUCUCUGGCGAGGCAGGCCGCUGACAGGUCUCCUUGUUUCCUCUUGAGGCAGGUGUUCAAGCGCCACAACCCAGGCCCGGCAGAGGAGCAGGAGAUGAUGGAGAACCUGUUUGACUCCCUUUGCUCUUCCCUGAUGCUGAGCUCCAACCGGGACCGCUUUCUGAAGGGGGAAGGGCUGCAGUUGAUGAACCUCAUGCUCAGAGAGAAGAAGAUCUCCCGGAGCAGUGCCCUGAAGGUGUUGGACCAUGCCAUGAUUGGGCCGGAGGGGGCCGACAACUGCCACAAGUUUGUCGACAUUCUUGGCCUUCGCACAAUCUUUCCGCUCUUCAUGAAGUCCCCAAAGAAAAUCAAGAAAGUGGGAACCUCCGAGAAGGAGCACGAAGGUAGGAUUUCCUCCAAGCUCGCCCUUCCACUGUUCCUGGAAAAGUUGUCCUCUGAGAGAAGGGCUUGGUCCGUCCACGCUUCGUAAAUCUUUCCCUCUCCUGUGCGGAGCCAGCGAGAGCGUGGAGGCGGCUGGGUUCUUCCCAGUAGCUCCGACUCCCAGCUUAGUGGCUAAUUAGCUCCUGCAUCUGUGCACGUGAGCCUGGCGUUUGAAGCUGUCUCUUUGAUGCCAGCUCUUUGGAAAAGAGUAAUGAGCCAACUGCAAAUGUCACCUCCAAAGCAGUAUUUUUGGCUCCCAGCACUGAAGUGUGACAUGAACAUCAGGCACCGCAGACACAAAUUGCUUGUGGCUCUUGUUACUUUCUCACUUUCCUUCCACUGACUCCCCAGGGGUGGGGGGAAGGAUCCAGAAUUCCCAUCAGCCUGAGUUGCUGAUGAUUUCAGCAUGGCUGUCUCCAUCUUUCAGCUGUGAGGAACAGCAAGGCUGGUACAAAAUACGAAACAAGGACAGCUCCCUGGAAAGGUGUUUCAAAAACAGGCCAAUGUGUGUGAUUUGGUGCAUUGGGGAAUGGAGCAGGACAAAAAUUAUUCAUCUAGAAAGUGUGUCUUGACUUCCCCUGACUCGAGAUGCCGCCUCACUUGUACUGUCAUCUUCUCCAAAAGACCUGAAAAAGGAGCACAGGGAAAGAAAGCCAUCUCUGCUUCAUGAUGCCUCCUGAAGUUGUAGUCCAUUCUGCUAAGAAUUGCUUGGCGUGGCUAAUUUAUGGUUGAGAUUUGCAAUGAAUGAGUGUAGUAUUAAGCAUGAUAGUACAAAAAUAUUCUGGGAAAAAACAUUUUCACUCAUUUUCUCA